GUUCGCCUUGAUUUAACGAGCGAGCGUGGUGUGGCGGUAGGAUGUAAACAUUGCCAGUGUGUAGGGAGAGGGAUAUGGCCGGGAGUAGUGGACACGUGGGUCAGCUGGCUGGACAUACUGGAUACCUAGUGACAUCAUGACAGAAUAUAUCGGCAAGGACGAGCACACCCUGCGUUCUCUUUUGGAUGCUUGUACCAGUUUUGAAGAGAGGAGAAAGAUACGAGCUGCCAUUCGCCAGCUGAAAGAUGACGGAGUUAAAUCUCACAGUUUCUCGGUCAAACCCUCUGUCUCCAGCUCAUUAGACAAUAAGGAGGCCUAUACUGGCACAGUACGACCAAGCCCAAGUCUUCAGAGGACUUCCAGUGAUGGCUACAGUAGAGUUUCUCGACCCAGGAGCUUUCACUACGGUGUCUCUCCAAGUGACGGUGCAUCUAGAUCAAGCAAUGGAUAUUCUUGGACACCAGCAGGCAGUAGCAAUGAAGUGCCUAGGCAUGGUGGAUGCUGGUCAAGUUCAGAGGAGAGGAACAGUGUGGACAGAUGCAGGUCUGGGUACACCCCUGUAGGCACAACUAACACUAGAACAGAGACUCUGCACCAGAAUAGUUAUCAUUCAUCUCCCUCUAAUGGCACCAGUGAGUCCCGAUCCAAUGUUGUGUCUCCAGAUAAUGACAGUGUAUCUCAACUCAGGAGCACCCGUCUCUCUUCAUCUCACAGCAAUGUGUGCCCAAGCAGUGUAGUCAGUCCGUCCACCGGCCAUGUAUCUAGUCACAACCCAAGGGUGGAGUUGCGUCACCCAAUCAUCAAAGCAGGGCAUGACAAGCAUAGUAAUGUCAGCAGAAGUCUUGUCAAUAUCCGCGAGUCAAUAAACUCUAUGGCUUUGAGAAAGAAUGUUUUAAAUGUCCGUCCAACCCAUCCACAGACUUCAAGCAGUGUUGAAUUCAGGAACGUUGUUUCUACCUCUGUCACCAACCUCACAUCAACGGCAGAGGAGUCAGCAACCUCUCUCCAGGAGAGGUAUGUAAGCAGUGCUGAUACCAGUACCAGGUCAGUGUCUCUCAGUUCGGAGAACCUCACCAGAACCAGUGACGCCGAUGUCCCUCGGUGGCGGAGUGCCUCCUACACCUCACUACAAAGGGCAGAUAACAGCAUGAAGGAGGAGCCCCCUGCAAGUGGUCUGGGGAUCCAUGACUCGGUUAUAGACAACUGCAAAUCUGAGGAUUACCUGCAGUUCCUGUUGCUGAGAUCCUCCGAAUUUGUGGAGAGACGAAAAAUUAGAACCAGGAUAAGAGAGCUUCGUGAAAGCAGAGAAGACAUUGGCCUAGUUGAGGAAGGUGAUUUGAAGAAGAGCAACUCCGAUGACAGCAAACAUAAACGUAGUAACCGUGGCCUUUCCCCAAGGGGAACAACCUCCACUAGUGUACCUAGAGACAGCGGUACUGGUGGAGCCAAACUACACCUGGACUAUGACCAGAUAGAAACACUGGAGGAAUUCAAAACAUUGCUCGCGGUCACAGAAGAUUUUGAAGAGAAGAGGAAAAUCAGGAAUUCUAUGCGUCAGCUUCGAAGACGGUUGGAAUUAGAUUUAGAAAAGAAAGUCAAGUUGUCUGCUGGGAAUAGGUUGUCGAAGGCCGAGAACAGCCGACGACGCCAGUCUGAGGACAUCCCACUGCACAGGCCACAGAGUGUGAAGCAGACAGACUCCAGAAGACUGUCACACGAUGCCGCCAGGAGUAAGUUCAGUAAUGGCCAGGACCAGCGAAAGGACAGCACAGUGAAACAUGUUCAUUUGACACGGACUGAGUGCGACUCAAAAGUCAGAGCAAACUACCCAACAGUGGAGAUCCAGUUCUCCACAGAGCAGCUGCGACAGAGAGUGAGUCCGGAGGGCAGAAGGUCAGGAGACAGCUCAGACAAGGCUGACAAGACAAGGACAUCCUCUUCAGUCUGUACAAGUGUGCCCAAAAAGGCUGUCAAAACAUCUUCUGGGGUAGAGGAAGAAGACUUUCUUGCCAAGAUUAAAGCUAGGCUUAGUAAUCGAGAGAAAGAACACAGUCAGUCCAUAACCCCAGGGUCACAGAAAAGCAAAGACAGUAUUGAGAAUACUGACAAGGGACAUACAGCCAGCUCCGGAUCCUGCCCAUCACAUGUUACGGACAGGAAGGGUAAUCUCAGUACAACAGCAGAUGUACCAGCAAACACCAAGAAGGUUAGUGUAAUAGGCAAAGGCAAAUUGUUGACAUCUUCAAACACUGGACAGUCAGAGACUUCUGAUGUAAAGAAAGGCAAAAGUCAGCCAUUGAAAGCUGAUAAGUCUAAUCUAAUCAUUGACAGAAGGAAGGAACCAACACUGAAAUCAAGUUUAACAGUGAAACUAAACUCAGGAGCAUCUAGAGGUUUGGAUGCAAAGGACAAAGUUAGCGUCGGCAGGGGAACAGAUUGUAAGAAAAGAGUCCUCCCACAUGUUGACAAACUCAAGUCCAAGGCUGGAAGCGUUGCAGUGAAGACUGACAGUGAUCAAAGAACUGUGUUUGAUCGACUCUCCCAGGGUAAAGACAGCUCUAAUACUGUACCCAGUAAACACAAGGGUAAUAUUGUGUUGAACCGCUCUACUGUUUCCCCAGUUACGUCUGUGUCUGUGAAAACUAUAGCGACUGAAGGUAGCAACCCGGCGCCUAAAGACAAAACAGGCCAACUAGUGAGUGUUUCUACCUCUCCACCCGUCAGUGGCAGCAGCAGCAGCAGCAGCACUAAACACUUGCCAACUACCUCAUCCUCUGCCAAUGAGAAGGAUUCAGGCAGAGAUCACAAGUUCAGUGCCUCAACAGAUCAAUGUGCCAAACAGACCAAUGACUCAAACAAUGUUGAGUGUUUUGUGGUGAAAUCAGACAAUUGUGCAGACAAGUAUGUGUUUAAGGUUGACCUGAAACCUAAAUCAAAAGGACUGAGUCGGUCCCAUAGUGAUGUUGUUCCACAAACUCGAAGCUGGUUAAAAAAACCCAGUCAGGCAGACUGCAAGCCUUUGAAAAGUUUUGAAAAUAGGUCUGAUAUGGAGAAAGCCUUCAUGGAUAUGCUAGACGAUAUCGACCAUGUGAGCACAGCCUCUGAUACUAAACUGUCGGAUGUAGAAGUCAGUGAUGAUGACACUGACCAAGUGACCAGCAUGACCAGCUGUAUACAGACAAUAGCUGAGACUACUGGCACUGAGAGAGAUGGCUACACAGGUGGCUAGUGUUGACCAACAUGUGGAGCAGAGUAAAUCAUGGAUACUGUUGCGGAACGUCAAGGAAGACCUGAGUGCAAUAAAGUUUAUAGACGAGAAUGACAACAG